AAGGAAGACAUUUUUUCUUUUUGCCUUCGGGGCCUUCACAACAAGAACGGGGAAGAAAAGCGAUACUUUACUUACGACAUAAGUAAUCCGCUCACGCUCUAAAACUUUUGUUCUUUCCACUACACCGACUUUACCUUUGCGCGCCAAGCAAGUCAGUAUUUCUAGUUUCGCGAAACACAAGAAAUAAGAAAAGUGGUCGCCCCUAGUUCUCGUGCUGGACAUUAUCUUGUCCGGGGCGACAAAACGGACACGGGGACGGAAACUGCUACUGCCGGUCAGUGUAUUCGCGUUUUCAGAAGUUGCAGAAGUCGUGGUGAAACAGUACCAGCUCGGCGAGGAAACAUGCAGCGCAACAUCGUCUUUACGGCCUUUGCGCGGUUCUUCCUACGGUCGCAGGUCAUGUUUCUUUGUCAGUACCAGCUUGCGGAUGUAGUUGUCGGGAAAAUUGUUCGGAACUACAAGGGGCCCGCACCGGAAAAGGAACGGCAGCUCCGUGGGAAGGCAGGUGAUCUUCGAUUACUUACAUUUGUGUUCUCAUUCUCAAUUUUUAUGCUCUAUUUAGCGUUUAAUAAUUUUACGUUGAUAUACUUGUACGUUGCGCGAACAAGUCUGACUCUGACCUUUGACUUUAGUAAGAACAAGGAAUAUACAUGAAUUGCGCUACCUUCAUUUCUGAAAAUAUUUUAAGGUAGGAAAACGAAGACGAAAAGCAAAAGGAAGACCGAGCGCAACCCCCUGGAACUGCCCAAGCAAAAGGAAGACGAGGAAGCGGCAGUGAGAGCAGCUGCGACUAAGCAUUGCAAAUAUGUCUCGGUCUGGAAAGAUGCAGCGAAUUUGUGUUGCUGAGUCUUGCAUCACAGUUAGAGCGAUGCUUUGUACGGCAUGAGCGCAUCAGAAAUUUUUCGCGUGAUGCCGCGAAUUUUGCCGUAUUCCUCCUGACAAAUUGGCUUCCUGCACGGAGAAAUAGAUACAAGAAAAGCACGCACUCGCACUCAUGCAUUACGGACGUUGCUAUCUUUAUACUUAUUUCAAUUUCCCAUGACGCCAGGCGUAUUUGCAAUGCAUAGCGACUGAACUACAGCAACUCUCCCCAGCAGCGCAGCAGGCGUUCGCCGUCAACGCCCCGCUCCCAAUGGACACGUCAGCGGCAGAGGCAAAGGAAACUACCACGACCGCCGCGGCCGCAGGAGGGCCGUCGUCCGGUACUUCUACUCAACUGCUACCCGUGCAACUUUUGGACCAGCGCAAGCUGUCUAAAAAGAAGAAACAAGAAUGCUGAAGCAGCCCUUGUGUCUCAUCGCGUACCGUAUUAAUGUCGAUGCGGAUAAGGCGAAGAGCGGAUUCAUGGGGCAGUUUCACGGAUUCACCUUCCCCUACAACGUUUUCUUCAAGGCGGAGCCGGGCCAAGGUUUUUCGGAGUCGUGGAGGGGCUGGCUCGGCUACGACGACCUCCGAGAGGAGAAUGCUUUCUUCAAGCAGCGGCUCACGCUUCUUCCGGGCGAUCCCAGCGACCCUCUGGCCUAUCUACCCGAUCGCUUUCUGACGCGCGCGUUCAUCGAGGGCCGGGACGAGGAAGACGAAAUGCCUUUCGCUUACGUGCAGCGGAAAAGCCUUCCUUCGGCUAGUACGGCGCGCAACGUCGCAAACGUCAUCACCCAGGGGACGGGACUGCGGAACCUGGCGACCAGUGGCAGCAUCUGGGAAUUUGUUACCGGGGCCAGAAGCUACAAAGGCCAGGAACCCAUGGCCGACGCGGGAGCGUUUGGCGGAUUGCAGCUUGCCUUCCAGUUCGGGCACCUGCAAUGGGUGAAGCAGACAAAUUUUACGACCGCGAGUGGCCUCUUUGACACCGCAUGGCACUUUUACCGCUACACGACCGCCGAAGACACACAACAGCGCGAAGCCGAUUUGUUUUUGCGCCGCGGCGUCCAUCUGCAGUACACCAUGCACAUCGCUGAACAAGGACUCACCUCCUUGGCCCUAUUGUCAAGCCAUCUCUACCGACCGACAAUCGUGAUGGAGAAUCCGUCCAGCGCCACAAAUAGGUAUCCCGGAGAAAAAAGCUAGCAUACCCAAUUUGUAAUGGGAAAGCGCAAUAGUAAAACACGAAAAUCGCUGGGCCCACAACAUGGCGUUUAGGAUACAGAACGGUACGCGCUGAGGCCUAGAAUUAUUCGCACUAGCAUCGUGAUUGAGGUCAGACCUUGCGUAUAUACCCGGGCGCGGUGCCCUCGUGAAGCGCCUUUUUUUACGCUGGUCAAACAUAGCGAAUUCAUUGGCGAACGCGCGCCAUACCAUGCGGGUUCGCAGUUUGUGGCGAGACGGAUUCCCCUUGGUCUCUCUUUGCUGAUCUUCACCUUUUUCCAGGAUCCCGGAGUUUUCGGCUUCCGAGAUUUCCCGGGAACUUGUGCAACUCGUGCAACUUUUGCACGUUUUUGUUGCGAAUCACGACGGUGCGGCCGAGUUGCACGGCGAGUUGCACGGUGCAACUCGCCGUGCAACUAUCGCAAUAUUUCGCGCCGAACCAGGACGGUAUGGGCCUUCCGAGGUUUCCCGGAAACCUGUGCAACUCGUGCAACUUUUGCACGGUUUGCGUUGCGAAUCGCGAUGGUAUGGCCCGAGUUGCGCGGCAAGUUGCACGGUGCAACCCGCCGCGCAACUAUCCCAACACUUUGCGCCGAACCAGGGCGGUGCGGGCCGUGUUUCGAUUCUAUUUGUGCUAAUCGCGCAACUUCGGCAGUUUUGUUGUGCGAACCACGGCGCGCCCGGUUUCCCAACUUCCACCCGGGACCACGCUGGCGCAUUGGGGCAGUAUUUCCGGCGCGCCCACGCUGCUGCGCGUUGGCGCAUGUGCGGCCGGUGUCUGUCCAUUUUGGCGCGCGGCGGCGCAUGUUGGCGCCUUUUCCCAGCGACGCUGGUCAUGUGCUGGGCAGUAUCUCCUGCUGGUCUGUGGUUGGUUGGCUGGUUGGCGUAUGGUUGUGAAUACGCCAGAACGACAACCGCGUCUCGUGGCGUCAACGACAGGCGCGACACAGCUGCCCCGAAUUCUUGCAGAGACCCCCCACCCGCGCAGGCCGCCCCUGCCGAUCACCUCGGCACGCGCGGGCAGCGUUUUCAACUCUGUGUGCGCUGCCCCAGGCAGCGUUUCCAACUCGGCGGCCGCAGGCAACGUUAUUCGCGGGCCUUUGCGCACGUCUCUCCUGCUCCAGCCGCGUAUUUGCGGUUGACCCCGCGCAAAGCCUCGGCGGCGCUAUUGGUUACUCCAGCCGCGUAUUUGCGCUUGACCCCGCGCAGAGGCCUAGCCGGCGCUACGGGUUACUCCAGCCGCACGGGACACAUGAAUGUGCUGCCACUUGGGAGGGCAGGGGCGCGCCCAUUACCAAGGCGAACAGCGAGGGCUCUCUGCCUGCGGCAGCGGGGGGUGACUGCGGGACGGGGCCCCGCUGCGUUUCCCCUGCUGUGGGCGCGGAGCGAUGUACGCGACAGGAACCCUUGCGGGUGGGAGACGAAGACGGGGGGCCCCCUGGAGCAGCAGGUGCGGUGUAGGCGACAGGAACCCGUGCGGGCGGGAGAGGAAGGCGGGGGACCCCCUGGAACACCAGGAGUGAGGGGCGGGGGCCCCCUGCGGGCAGGAGAGAAAGGCGGGGGGCCCCCUUUGGAGGGCGCCAAAGGUGGAGGCCGGGGGCCCCCAGCGGGCAGGAGAGAUUUACCGCGGAGAACGAAGGACGGGGGCCCCCUCUGACCCCAGGCGGGCGGCCCGGGAGGGGAGCGGGGGCCCCCUGCGGAGGCGGAAGGGCGGGGGCCCCCUGCGGAGGCGGGAUACGCAGCGGGCGGGAGGGCGGGAGGCGGGGGCCCCCUGCUUUCCCCGACGGUAUGCUCGACGCAAAAAUAGCAACCCUCGCCAUAGCAUCGCGAUUACAAAUCUAGGCCUCAGCGCGUACCGGUCUCUUAGGAUAUGCAAGACAGAUGCUUUUCUCCCAUAAUAUAUAGUGUUCAUUUUUGCAUAUACAAAUGCAAUUACAAAUACAUAGCUUUUUUCUUUUGCAUAGUGAGGAUGGAAAGAAAGAAGAAGUCGCCCGGCUGGAGUACACUGGUUCGAAAUCCCUGAAUCCUUUCAAAACGUGGUUCGGAGGUCGGAAAAUGGAAAUUACCAUUCACGAUCCGGCGAAGCAUGGCCCGCUCUUGGUCACGGAACUGCUGCUGCGCUGCGAUGCCGACAACGCGUCCUUCAAUUUUUUGAAGAGAGUCGCUACUAUUGCAACGGGCUUUUCUUACGGGGUAUCAAAAUGAAAAGUGCUGCCUUGCUGCUCCCACUUCGAGUGGAAAUUUAAAUGUUGCCACGAUAUAAGGCUAAGGUGUAGAAGCACUGCAGGUAGCACUCAUCAAUUUACAACCACCUGCGCGCGCAGCUAAGAAUAAGCUUUCGCGGUUGGUGCGUUGUUUUAGUAGACGAAAAGUAGUGACUUUUCUUUUUUGGAUAUAUCUUUCAUCGCUUCUGUAAGUGAUGUGGAGCUUUUUAUUUUGAUACAGUUUUUCGCAUUUCGCCCAGAAUGCGGUCGGGCUCAGCCAAGAUCUCGUGCACAACGGUCCAAGUCUUCCUGAUGUCAUGCCGGCCGACGCUAUUUUUCAUCUUCUCGGACACGAAAAUGAAGUAACUGGACCAGCGAAAGCAGCCUGGGGAGCAAGAGAAGCUUUGCGCAUGUCUUUCAUCGGACCUGUUUUGGACUGGUUCGGGACCUAUGCAUUGCGACCGUAUCUGGGUCUAGGUAGAAGGUUGCAAGACUUGUCAUGCAGGUUUUCCAUGGCCCACACCCAUAAUGCAUUUGCUUUUGCAUACAGUCACAGAACCUAUCAUGACAUCUCUAUCAUGAGGUCUCCUGCAUGAGAAGCUGCCGCUUAACUUGGGCAAUAAUAAAUGUUCAUUAUCUUCGAACGGCUGGCGAGCCUGUGACUCCAGGCAGAGAGAAGAUAAGGGUAGGUAAUUUGAUAGGUAUGCGAGGGUCGGGCCCCUUCUCCUCAUUGCUCUACUAUGUAUCUGCUUGGCUAAAAAUGGGCAAGCGCCCCGUCCCGGCUAGACGCCGCCCGAUUCGAUCGCGCGAUCGAAAUUUGCGCUUCUUCCUCUUGACGUUUUCAGCAAGCGCUGAACAGAGUCAGGGGAGCGCAGUAGCAAUUAGAAAAGCCAAGUGCUGGCGGGUACUGCCGCGGCCAGCUUGCAUCCGCUUUCCGAACUGGGGAGCGAGUGCAGAUCCUCGAUCGGGGACUGAGCACGAGGUGUGCGACUGCAGAUCCCUGCGCGAGGCGUAACGCCCAGAAAUCUACGUAGCUGCAUCGCAGCUCCUUCUGCCGACAAGAGUCGGCGCCCGCGUACUCGCGACGCCCGGGGCCGGGGGUCGCUCGCCCGUGAAUCAUCGCGCGCGCGCAUGUUCCGGGAGAAAAUGCACCGCGUGCUUCUGGUUGAAUGAAGCACCGCUUGGACGGGCUGAGUGGCCCUCGCUUUCAGUAAGAGCAGCGCACAGCGCAGCCGUGGAGCCAGCCUCGCUCCAGCGCGCCCGGCGGCAAGCGUAGACGCUAAAAGGCCGGGGCCGCCGCGCCUGCUCUAGGUAGGAAAGAGGCCAGGCGGCCGAUUCUAUGGGGAGCUUGCCUGACUACAGGCGGAGGCAUCACGUCGGUCGCUGCGCAAAUGCUUUGUUGCGCGCUGCAGGGGCUUGUGUUGCCGAAGCCAGGCCCCACUCAAGGCCAAGCGCCGAAUACGACGAGGGACCGCGCGCGAGGCCGCUAGCUACUCCGGCCGGAGGGUGCUUCCAUCCAGAGGCGCGCGCCUCUCGUAACCCGCGAAAACGCGGCGCAAGUACAUCACGCAGUGGCACGCCACUACAAAAGCCCUCAUGUGGCUAACCUCUACGGAAUGGGCGCCCCCGCAUUGGGGGGCCGCCCGGCAGUCGCCUGCCUGCGAAUUCGGACAGACUCGCUGCGCGAUGAGAACCGCGCUCGGGGUCUUGUCGCCGCACUCAUGAGUGCGGGCGAGCGCCCCACCCCCAUUCACCCUCCCUUAUCUAGUAUUGGGCCUCAGAAGGGAAAACCCUCCGGCGGAGUGGGGGGGCAUGCUCCCUCGUUCAGGACGCAGCUUGGUCCGUGUUGGCAAUGGGGACAAGUGAUGUGCACGACCCUUCCUGCGAUGGGAGUGGUAUCAGGAUCGUGCAUACUCGCUGGUAGGCUUUGCCUACCCUCUUCCCCAUCGCUGUCAGAGUAUGCGCCCUGCCGCCAUGACAGGACGGCGCGAGACAUGUGAUACAAAUUACGUCAGUUUUUCGGAAUUUGCAUGCAAGACAAACUUACUUUUGCGUGAUUCCACACUUGGCGUGACAAGCUCAAGCUGCAGUGUUCCAGACCCACACACAUUUGCAAUGCAUACGAACAACUGGUUUUCGAGCUCGAGCCGCCCGACUGCUUAUGAAUUGAAAAAGUAUCGUACUCGUGAUGGUAUAAGAAAGUGCCAGUUGACUUGCAUGACAAACAAGGUCCACGCGUGGGGACAGGGUCCCCACGCUGGGGCCUUGUGCCCAUCCCUAGUGGCGCUAGUGGGGGAAGGGUGUUCGGCAUCGGGGCGGACAGCGUCCGCCCCUCGCCUCACACCAGGCGCGCGCAUAGUGGCUCAGUGCGCGAAGCACUAGUGGGGGAAGGGUGUUCGGCAUCGGGGCGGACAGCGUCCGCCCCUCGCCUCACACCAGGCGCACGCAUAGUGGCUUAGUGCGCGAAGCACUAGUGGCGGAAGGGUGUUCGGCAUCGGGGCGGACAGCGUCCGCCCCUCGCCUCACACCAGGCACGCGCGUAGUGGCUUAGUGCGCGGAACGCUAGUGGGGAAAUGGUCUUCACCUGUCGUGGCCUCCUGUCGCGCCCACCUGUGAUGGUCACCUGUCACGGUCACCUGUCGAGGUCACCUGUCAAGGUCACCUGUCAAGGUAACCCGUCAAGGUCACCUGUCAAGGUCACCUGGCUGUCAAGGUCACCUGUCAGGGUCGCCUGUCAAGGUCACCUGUCGCGGUCACCUGUUACCGGGGGUAUGCGUUACCAGAACCCGGAAGUCAAGCAAUGUAAGUAUUAAUCUGGUUUCUUAGGUAAUUCAUUUAGCAUGACGCGCUCCACCAUGGUGGAUUAGAUCUGUGACUCCAGAUCGCGGCGACUGUGUCUCGUCUCAGUUGUUUGGCGAUUUGCAUGCAGCUCCUUGUUGGACGUUGUCACCAGCACUGGCGCAACUUCUCAUUUAGGACGUUAUCCUCAGCUGUUACAUUCUUGCGACCCCACUUUUAGGGUGUUUGUUUACCGUAGAUCGGGCUGUGUCUUCGUUUUUCACCUACCGCUUUUUUGCUUGUUCUUCUGCCCCUCUGUGCUAAUGGGAAAGUUUGAGUUUCAGUUUGUACAGAGUACGCAGAGAAAAAAAUGCUUGUUUCGUCGCAGCCGUUCCAGGGGUUGCUGUUGCUGUCUCUAGGCACUAGAAGUAGCACUGUCCGGAGUUCUGUCUUAGUGGUUACCGGGUACGACGAGCCUUCUGACCCUUUCAGCUCUCGCCAGCACUUCGCCGGCAUUCGUGCUCGCGCGAUGCCUCACGAUGGAGACCGGGCGGCGACGUCGAAGGUUCAGAGCUUGUAAGCUUACUCACACAGGGGCGCCCUGCCCUUAGUUUCCCAGCAUGACAAACAAGGCCCGCCCGAGCGUGGGGACAGGGUCCCCACGCUGGGGCCUUGUGCCCGUCCCUAGUGGGGGAAGGGUGUUCGGCAUCGGGGCGGACAGCGUCCGCCCCUCGCCUCACACCAGGCGCGCGCAUAGUGGCCUAGUGCGCGAAGCGCUAGUGGGGGAAGGGUGUUCGGCAUCGGGGCGGACAGCGUCCGCCCCUCGCCUCACACCAGGCGCGCGCAUAGUGGCUUAGUGCGCGAAGCGCUAAAGGCAAAAGGACGAACUGGGUGCCCUGUUUUUUGCAACACAAAACAAAAAUAGGAGUCAAGGAAAUAGGUCCGCGUGGCUGCAGACAAAUUCUGUAAUGUUUCGCCGCAAUUCAUUUCCCAUGACGCAGGGCAAUGUAAGUAACGCGUUGCGGAGGCAAGCGCUUUCCGAUUUUUGCCCGGCAGCGCAAAUAUUCCUUUCUCUGUGGAGGCAGUUGCUUUGCGUUUUUGCGUUUUUAUCUUUUUCAUUUUGAUUUUCUCCGUCGCUUUUUUUUUGCGCUUUUAUCUUUUACAUUUUUCAUUGUGUCGCAAAUAUUUCCUUUGCGUGUCUUCAUAAAUGACGUCAGCGCUUAGGUCACCUGUCGAGGUCACCGGCCAAGGUCACCUGUCAAGGUCACCUGUCAGGGUCACCUGUCAAGGUCACCUGUCAAAGUCACCUGUCAAGCUCACCUGUCGCCGGGGGUAUGCCGUACCAGAACCCGGAAGUCAAGCAAUGUAAAUAUUAAUUCCAUUUAUCAGGCAAUGCGACUCGUACUGGUGCGAUGCUUUUCCACAUGCAUAUUGCUUCUGCACCGACCACGACGUAUCCUGUGAAGAAGAAUAAAGCAUCGCAGUUGUGUUGGUGACAAUCGCUGCUGGCACUCGUAGGCAUGUUAUUCCCUGCAAAGUUAUUUUGAUGGUCUGAUUCUGACCUGGCUCCGGCUCGUGUUUACGAAAAAGAACUCGCAACCCGAUGCUAUCACGCAGAUGCUGAGAUGCAUUUUUGGUUUGGCUUUGCAUAGUACCGCGACUGAACCUGCAAAGUAA